CAAAAAAUAGAAAGUGUACUCUCAGUCUGCUAAGGAAGAACUCCAGCGCUCUCCAGGUAUGGCAAAGGAAAGUAGCAAAGAAAGAAGGAACAGAAGGCGGUCUAGGUUGAUGAAGAAUAUGGAGGAAGAAAAGAAGAAUGAGAUAUCUGUGACUAACAUUUCCAUAUCUGUUCCCCAUCCAGAUCAUUCAGCCAAUCACCUUUCCUAUCCAGUAACUACUGAUGGUCAAAUGCUUCAAUCAGAAACAGAGGAAGCUAAGGAUGCGUCUGAUUGCUUUUCGGGUUAUAUAUUUAUGUGCAACGCUAGCACGAAACCAGAAUGCUACCGGUAUCGUGUUUUUGGGCUUCCUGCAGGGAAAAGGGAUGUUGUGGAGAAGAUUAAAACGGGCAUGAAGCUUUUUCUAUAUGAUUUUGAUUCAAAACUUCUCUAUGGUGUUUAUGAAGCCUCCUGCGAUGGACAACUUAACUUGGAACCUUAUGCUUUUGGUGGAAAGUAUCCUGCACAGGUGAAGUUCUCAAUUCACAAGGAAUGUCUUCCACUGCCGGAGCGAGUCCUUAAACGUGUUAUAGAGGGUAACUACCGUGGCUUCAAAUUCAAUCAAGAACUCAGUGACUUCUAUGUGAGGAACUUAAUGUCCUCCUUCCGUCCUUUGGCUGUUGAGUCGCCAAUUCCUCCUAUUGCGCUUGAACGUCAAAUUAGUUUGCCUCAGACUAAUAACUCUUAUCACGUUGGAAUCCAACCGAAUGCAUCUUUGGCGAUAAAUCCUUAUCAAGAUCGGUCUGGUCAUCAUGGAACUAUGUUGAACCAUGUCCGUCAUAGUAUGGAGCAUCUAAGUUUACCCCGCUCUCUAGACAAUCCAUAUUAUGAAGUAGAUAAUAGACCGACUUAUUUGCAUAGAAAUGUCCCCCAACAAAUGUUGCAUGAUCCAUCCCUCAGGAUCAAUGAGAGAACACAAAAUACGAGGCUCAAUACACAUUACCCAGCAAUGUCUUAUUAUCAGGAAAGAGAACCCUACCUCAAACAACCAAUUGGAGGUGUGCCAGCUGACAUUACAUUAUACCAAAGCAAGUAUUCAAAAGCUGUUAAUUAUCUCCCAGUUUCGCAACCAACUGCAUCAUCCGACUAUGGAAUUCCUAAUUAUCUAUCAGUUUCACAAUCAACUGCAUCAUCUGACUAUGGAAUUCCUAAUUAUCAAUCAGUUUCGCAACCAACUGCAUCAUCUCACUCUGGGAUUCCUAAUUAUCUAUCUGUUUCGCAACCAACUGCAUCAUCCGACUAUGGAAUUCCUAAUUAUCUAUCAGUUUCUCAACCAACUGCAUCAUCUGAUUAUGGAAUUCCUAAUUAUCAAUCAGUUUCGCAACCAACUGCAUCAUCUCGCUCUGCGAUUCCUAAUUAUCUAUCAGCUCCACAACCAACUGCAUCAUCUGACUAUGGAAUUCCUAAUUAUCAAUCAGUUUCGCAACCAACUGCAUCAUCUCACUCUGGGAUUCCUAAUUAUCUAUCAGCUCCACAACCAACUGCAUCAUCUGACUAUGUAAUUCCUAAUUAUCUAUCAGUUCCGCAACCAACUGCAUCAUCUGACUAUAUUCCUAAUUAUCUAUCUGUUUCGCAACCAACUGCAUCAUCCGACUAUGGAAUUCCUAAUUAUCAAUCAGUUUCACAACCAACUGCAUCAUCUCACUAUGGGAUUCCUAAUUAUCUAUCAGUUUCGCAACCAACUGCAUCAUCUCACUAUGGAAUAAUUCCUGGUCAUGUGCCGGUCUCAUCAUACCACUUUCAACAUGGACCAUGAAGUAGUUGAAAACCUGCACGGUGUGGGAGUUUACAUAAUAAUAAAGGUAAGGUUAGAGACCUUUUACUUCAAAUUAUUGCUAUAAAUAUAGUGUACUCAUCAAUGUGUCCCUACUAGUUUUCAGGAUGUUGGUAAUAGACUUAAUAGUAAAUGUUAGUAAUUUUAUUUGAGUCA